UGGAUAUAAAUGGGAGGCUGAAGGGUACAGAGCAGACAAGUCCCACACAGCAACCUGGUACCGAGCUGACAGAGACACCAUGAAGACCCUCUCUCUGCUCACUUUGCUGGCGCUGGCUGCCUUCUGUCUCUCUGGCCCAGCAGAUGCAAAGCCCAGCGGCUCCGAGUCUGACAAAGGUACUGCCUUCAUGUCCAAGCAGGAGGGCAGUAAGGUAGUGAACAGACUCCGCCGCUACCUGGACUAUGGCUUUGGGGCCCCAGCCCCCUACCCAGAUCCCCUGGAGCCCAAGAGGGAGGUGUGUGAGCUCAACCCCAAUUGUGACGAGCUAGCGGACUUCAUUGGCUUCCAGGACGCCUACAAACGCAUCUAUGGUACCACUGCCUAG